AUGGAAGACUGUCCAUUGGAUAAAGCAAAAUUAGGUAAGUCAAAUUAUCACGUUAUUUACAAUAUAAGUUUUAUUAAUAAUUUAGAUAGUCAACCUCCUGAAACAAAUUCUCAACAAUCCCUAUCGGAUUGGCUUUGUCGUGUACAUAAUCAAGUUAAUAAAAAACUCGGUAAACCAUUAUUUGAUUGUAACCAAGUUAAUGAGCGAUGGAGGGAUGGCUGGAAAGACGGAAGCUGUGAAUAA